CUUUUGGGUCACUGGCUUGACAGCUGCAGAUCUUAGGACUUCUCAGCCUUGAUAAUUAUGCAGAUGGCUCAACAGUGCUUCCAAAAUGAAUAUUUUGACAGAUUGCUUAACUCUUGCAAGCCAUGUCACCUUCGAUGUUCUAAUACCCCUCCCGCAGUAUGUCAGCGAUAUUGUAAUGCAAUGAAAGGAACAAAUACAAUCCUCUGGACCUGUUUGGGCCUGAGCUUGAUAGUUUCUUUGACGGUUUUCGUGUUGAUGUUCUUGCUAAGGAAGAUGAGCUCUGAACCAUCAAAGGACGCAUUUAAAAACGCAGGAUCGGCUCUCCAGAACGAGGCAGAGGCUGACCAGCAUGAGAGCUAUGAAAGCAGGACUGGCGCGGAAGUACUUCUCUCGAGGGGCCUGGAGUAUACGGUCGAAGAAUGCACCUGUGAAGACUGUGUCAAGAGCAAAUCGAAGGUCGAUUCUGACCAUUUCUUUCCACUGCCUGCCAUGGAGGAAGGUGCAACCAUUCUAGUCACCACAAAAACAAAUGACUACUGCAAUAGCCUGCUAGCUAGUGUCAUGGAGAUGGAAAAACCCAUUUCUACCAGAUAACUGGCCAUUUCGGCAGGUAUUGAGCUGCUUUGAGAAUCUUCUGUCAGGUGGUGUGUCAGAUCUCUUUAGGAUGAUUGUACGUAUCCGUUGCCGAUACAGCUUUUUUGGUCUUGUCAUUCUAGAAAAUCUUUAUGUUAGAUAUCCUUCCCUACCUCAUUGUUGGGAGCUUAGCUGUGUAAAUUUCCUUGGUUUCAUGAUUAAAUUCUUGACUCACUGAAAAAAAGCACUGUGGUGCAUAGAUCCCAUAGUCACGCAUUUCUCUGGCUAGCCACCUUCUCUCCAAGAGAUGUGUAUGUAUAUUUCAGGCCA